UCUGGUCACGUGACUCUUUUCUUGGGCUGGAAACCAGGGGAGGCAGCAACAAGUGAAGCUGAAGACCGAAGCAAGAGCCGGGUCAGGUGGCAGCCACAGCAGCCUCAGAGACCUCAGCAGCUAUGGCCUCCUGCCCAGAUCCGGACAAUAGCUGGGUGCUUGCUGGCUCAGAGAGCCUGCCUGUGGAGACCCUGGGCCCAGAGGCCAGGAUGGACCCAGAGUCUGAGAGAGCCCCCCAGGCCCCUCGGAGGCCCUCCAAGGCAGAUGGUGAAGAAUUAGCCGGGACCUCGGAUGGAGAAGGGACCCUCUUCCAGACUGGAAGCCCCCAGUCUGGUACCAUUCUGCCAGAGGAGACUGAGGCCAAGGGUACCCUGGAAGGCGAUGGCUGUGCUAUGGAGUCCCCUGGCCCAGGAGACACGGCGGUACAGGGAGACUUGCAGGAGACUCCUGCGGUGACAGGCCUGGGACCAGACACACAAGACCUGGAGGACCAGAGCCCUCCGCAGAGCCUGCCCUCAACCCCCAAAGCAGCUUGGAUCAGGGAGGAGGGCCGCUGCUCCAGCAGUGAGGAUGACACCGACAUAGACGUGGAGGGUCUGCGGAGACGGCGGGGCCGGGAGCCCAGCCCGCCUCCACCUGCGGCACCCCCGGAUGUGGAGAACCAGACUGGGGGCACAGGUGCAGGUGGGGAGCUGGGCAUCUCCCUCAACAUGUGCCUCCUCGGGGCCCUGGUUCUGCUGGGCCUGGGGCUCCUCCUCUUCUCAGGUGGCCUCUCAGAGUCUGAGACCGGGCCCAUGGAGGAAGUGGAGCUGCAAGUCUUCCCAGAUACUGGGUCAGAUACUGAGUUGUCGGAUGCUGUGGGGGAUGAGCAGGAUGGGCUAAGGGAACAGCUGCAGGCCUCAGUGCCUCCUGACAGCGCCCCCAGCCUACAGAACAUGGGCCUUCUGCUGGACAAGCUGGCCAAGGAGAACCAGGACAUCCGGCUGCUGCAGGCCCAGCUGCAGGCUCAAAAAGAAGAGCUUCAGAGCCUGAUGCACCAGCCCAAAGGGCUAGAGGAGGAGAAUGCCCGGCUUCGGGGGGCGCUGCAGCAGGGUGAAGCCUUCCAGCAGGCCCUGGAGUCAGAGCUACAGCAGCUGAGGGCCCGGCUCCAGGGGCUGGAGGCCAACUGCAUCCGGGGCACAGAUGGGGUGUGCCUCCACUGGGGCAGAGGCCUGCAGGGUGGCAAGGAAGGCCCCAGGGGUCAGGAGCCAGACCAUGGCUUCCUAGAGCAGAAGGAGCGGCUGGAGGCUGAGGCUCAGGCGUUAAGGCAAGAGUUGGAGAGGCAGCGGCGGCUGCUGGGGUCUGUACAGCAGGACCUGGAGAGGGGCUUGCGGGAUGCCGGCCGGCGGGACCCAGCUCAUGCUGGCCUGGCUGAGCUGGGCCACAGAUUGGCCCAGAAGCUGCAGGGCCUGGAGAACUGGGGCCAGGACCCUGGGGUCUCUGCCAAUGCCUCGGAGGCCUGGCAUCAGAAGUCUCAUUUCCAGAAUUCCAAGGAGUGGAGGGGAAAGGAACAGUGGCGGGAUGGGCAGAGGGGCCGGCAGGCUGAGCACUUGAAACGUAGGAAGGAGGAAUCUGGCCAGGCAAGGAAGAAGAGCUGGGGGGGUGAGGAGGACAGGGAGCUGGCAGGGAGGUGGGAGGAGCCCAGGCCAAGUGUGGAGGAGUGGGGGAGCAAGAAGGAUGGCAGGCGACAGGGCCCCAAGGAACCCCCAAGGAAACGUGGGAGCCCCCACUCCUCCGGAGAAAGGCAGAAGCAUCCUCGGUGGGGGGAAGGGGCUAAAGGCCAUCGUGACCCCCUGCCACCCUGGGCAGAGCUGUUGAGGCACAAGUACCGGGCACCGCAGGGCUGCUCAGGCGUGGACGAGUGUGCCCGGCAGGAGGGCCUGACCUUCUUCGGCACAGAGCUAGUCCCCGUGCGGCAACAGGAGCUGGCCUCUCUCCUGAGAACGUACUUGGCACGGCUACCUUGGGCUGGCCAGCUGACCAAGGAGCUGCCCCUCUCGCCUGCUUACUUUGGUGAGGACGGCAUCUUCCGUCACGACCGCCUCCGCUUCCGGGAUUUUGUGGAUGCCUUGGAGGACAGCCUGGAGGAGGCGGCUGUGAGAGAGACAGGUGAUGAUGAUGAGGUGGAUGACUUUGAGGACUUCAUCUUCAGCCACUUCUUUGGAGACAAAGCACUGAAGAAGAGGUCAGGGAAGAAGGAGAAGCACUUGCGGAGGCCCAGGGAGGAGCACGGCCACCACCACCACCGGGGCUGAGGCCCUGCCCCUCGGGAGAACGCCCCUGGCCUGCCCCUGGAGGCCAGGCUCAGACCCUUAAAUUGGUAUCUGUCCUGGCUUGUUUGGUAUCUUUGGAUAUCCUUCACAGAACAGAGUGAAAUCGCCCAGCCCUGCACUGAUGCCACUUUCGCUAGGAAAAGGCCUUAGCCGGCCCUGCCUUGCUGUCUGUACAAGUGUGUGCAAAUGCUCAGGGCUGUGGGACGUGGCCCUUGGGGGUCUGAUUGUGUUUUGUCAAUGUGGAGCGGGAGAUGGGAGAGGACCCUGAUUUCUAGCGGGGAGUGGGUAUGGCAUUCCGAUUCUGAAGCCAAAGAGCUUUUGUCCUCGUGUGUGUGUGUGUGUGUGUGUGUGUGUGUGUACACCCCCAGAGCAGGCCCCCUCCAGCUCCCAGCUCCACAAGCUGACCAGUGCCCCUGGGAUUUGACUAGCGUUGCUGGCUGGAGCCCAGCACAGGGACUUUCCCUGGGGUUUUGUUAGGUUUGGAAACAGCUGUCCCCGGGGGGUGAAAUCCCCCUUUUACCUGAGCUUCUCACGUGGCCCCACCUCCCUGUGUGACCUGUAGACUCAGAUCCCAGUAAAGUGCUAUUGCAGCUGUGACAUGGGGUGUCUCUGUCACAGGUACUGGUACUUGCUCCCUUCCCCUUGCCUCACCUUCCCAGCAAACCCUAGGCCCUCGGGGCUGGAACCUCCCCAUUUUGCUCACAGCUGCCUUGGCUGCACCCUGGGAGAUGUAGAAAAACGAGUGUGGGUUUUGGCGUCUGAGCCUUGGGCUCAAAUCCAGGCUCAGUGAUCUUGGGCAAAUUAAUCUCUGGGAACCUUGGGCUUCCGAUCCUCACAAAAGGGGAUUGAAGGGCUGGGGAAGAGAUUAAA